AUGCAUGAGUACGACAUUUUCUUCCGAAUUUUUCGCUUCUAUUGGAUUCAUUCCGCCACGUUAUUUUUCAGCCUUUCCAACCCUCAUGGCUGGAAACAGCGCGGGGGGGCGGGAAAAGCCGACACAGCAUUCGACGGCGGCUUCAGAUUGCCGUCGAUGACUUCGAUUUCACAGAGAGAGAGAGGCAUGGAUUUCUCCUCCCAGCUUGACGCCUUUCCAGAAGAUCUGGAACCGGAGGCGCGCAUUCUUCACUUCUUCAAAAGGCAUGCACGGCCGACGAGCCUCGGGUUUUAUAUGGAUUCAAUUUUUCUGCUUCUCUUUCUUCCCACACCUGCUGUCGGGUGUGGUGAAAUCAUCAACGGCCGGCCAAAAUCCACCUGCGAGGUGAGACUCACCAAGGGGGUUUGUUUUUCUCGAAAUGGAAGGGUGGACUUUGGCAAUAUCUUCACUCUUGUUGGCUUCUUGAAAUCUAGGGCUGGCUUCUUUUGGGCAAUCUUACAUACGUGUUUCAACCCCUUGGAGAUUGAUACCUUAUCUCGCUUGUUUGAUUAUUGCGCGUUGGGGGUGUGGGAAGCCCGGAGGGGUAUUACCCCUCUUCUCUUCUCUCACUCUCUCGCCAUUUCGUGGCUUGACCCCCCUUGCCGGCCGGAAAUGGCCAAAGGCCAGGACAAUGAUGAAGGAAGAUUGAGAAAGUGUGAUGAAAAGUCACUCACCAGCUUCGGACGUUGCAUUACCUACCUAAGCACCUGGGCCACUAGGCACUGGGUCGACAUGGCGCGCGACCAAACUUCAUCACUUGAGUGGGAGUGUGCUGCACUAACGCUGAGAAGGGAUGACGAUGGUAUAGCAAAGCUGGAUUAA